CGUAAUAAAUACCAGAUGUCAGAAUCUAUGGAGGUCUUGAAUUCCUUCGACAAUUUCGUCUUUCUUGCUUUCUUACUGCAGUUACUGUAUUUUGCUAAUGGAAAAGAAAUUCUUACAAUAUUCAGAAAUCCUGGUAAUGGAGGACUUUGGACUGACUUGGAUCAGUUUAAACUUCCUGACUCGAAAUGUAGUAGCAGUAACACGUACUGCACAAACUGGAAAGCUCUACCUCUCGAUUCACAGCCUUGUCAUUGUGAAUGUUCCGAUUUUAAGAAAGCCACUUUUGGUUUCUACUUAGGAUCCUGGACAUGUCUGGAUAACACUGAAGUCAGAAAACAAACAGAGUGCAAAUACAAGUUCGAAUCCGAAGUUAUAGGAUACCCACUACGGAUCGUGGAGCAAGAUCAAUCAUACAACUUAAUCCUGCUUUCCAGACGAUGUUCAGUAGAAUCAAAAACAACGCGUUAUUUUACGUGUGAUGGCAGUUGGGCUACAAUCGAUUCGAAUUCGUGGUUUACAAUCACUCAAGAGGACAAAUUGAAAAGGCCUACUCGUUAUAGAUACAAGCUAACGAUCGGGUCUGACGUUGAUGAUGUUUUACAGGGAAGAAUAAUCAGUCUGAAUAUUAAUUGCACAAAACGAGAAACAUCCUGUCUCUUAUUCAAGCUCGAAGGAACUAUAGAUUGUGCUGAAAACGUCACAUUCGCGACAACUGCAAAACCAUCAUCACCUACAAGAAUAGCGUCUGACAAAAUACCGAUAACAGCAACAGCAACAGCAACAGUAUCAGCAGUUCCAAAUGCCACAGCAAUUCCAAAUGAAAGUGGGAAAAAAGAGAAAUCGAAAGCAAGUGGAGGUUCGUCGACUGUGGUUGGCAUCGUGGUUACCCUGAUGAUCAUUCUUGUCAUAGCGAUAUUGAUAGUUGUAUACGUGUACCUCAAGCGAAAAAGGGGUGAAGCGGUAUGGCUCGUAGAUUAUAUCUCUUCCCGCCGCGUCAGGAAAACAAAAUCAACACAAGCGAAGAAGAAGACGGUGGAUGAAGACCCUGUCUAUGCUGAGAUCCCUGAAGAACAACGUAACAUGAACGCACCAGUUGAUCAGGCAGGAGGUAUAUAUAGCUACGCAUUUGACGACCCACAGACAGCAUAUAUAGCACCCCAACCAGCUCCAUAUAAUAGACUGGAGCACAAACAACAAGGGCUUAAUCAGGAAGGGGCAUUAUACUCCACUGCAGAUGAUGGUCCCGUGUAUAAUUUCCUUGAACGUCCCCUUGCUGAAAACAAUAUUAUUAUGGCGCCAGAGAAUACCGUGAAUGAGGGACCUCCGUCUCAGGUCCUCGAGCCAGAGUAUCUAGUCCUUGAGGAGCCCGAUACAACAAGCGUAAACACGGACGUAUGAGCGCCUCGAUUGGGAAAGCCAAUCCUAACGGACCUCAAGCUGUCAUGUGACUCCAAAGAAGAGGAAAGCUUUCGAGUCAACAAAGAAGAAUACGAUCGUCAAAGUAGUUUGCAUUGACACUAAAAAACGGAGAUCAUCUUUUUCGGAAAUGAAACUAAAAAACAACCAGGAUAAAAGCAAACUAGGAUAAAUGGUUGAUAAAAUAUUGUAAAGAAAACCUUUAAAAAUACUUAGCUUUACUGGACUUUGAUUUGACGGAGUAGGAAAUAGUUUCCUCGGCAGCCGUUUUCGACCCGAUACGAAAAACGGUUGCUGAUGAGUCUAAGUUGAAAAGGAAUAAUUCUUAACGGGGCACCUGGAUGAAAACGCCCCAAUUUUUCAAAGUCCGAAUAAUUGAAGUAUUUGCGGAUAAUUUGACUCAAUUAUGAUUAUGUAAACCAGAUUAGUCAAAAUUUUCGCCUGGGAGCCACUUGCAUUUGAGAAAUUUUGGGUUAAAAGAAAAGAACAAUAUAGGGUUGAGUAAAUGACGUCACUGAUUUACUCACAGUUUAUCAUGCUGCAUAAAAUUAAUAACUUUUAUCCGACACAUUUUGCUGUGAAGAAAAUAUGUUGCUUGGCUACUAUUGGGGUCAUACAGAUACGUUUAACUAAGUUUAAAGUCAUUUCCAAUUUUUAUCCAUUUUCAUCCAAAUGCCCCUAAUUUAAACAUAACGCCGCAGUCCAAACUAGAUUAUCCUACUCGCUACGUAUUUGUAUAUUUGUGCAUUUCUUAUUAAUGGCUGGUUUACUGAUUCAGCUAGCAACGGAAUCGAAAUCAGAAACAGCUUAUGACGGAGUUAAAAACAAAAUUAAAAAAAGGAUUCGUGAUCGGAGUCCAAUGGUCGUCGGAAUCGGAAGGUUUCCUUUUUUGGCUUAUGACGACUUUCAGUAUCAGGUCAUGUGACUUAUUCCCUAAAAAGAGAAGCUGUGUCAACUGGUUAAAAUUAGCAUCAGAAAUGAAAAGAGAAACUCGACACCAGAUAUUAGGAGGAAGGUGGAGUUUCCGCUCAUAACAAGCGAAAGCUAUUUAUAUAAGCAUUUUACAGCAUUUUCCCUAUACAAAUUAGUGCUUGCUAUUUACUUUUAUUGCAAACGUGRACCAACUUUAAUAAAAGAAUGAGACCUCGGACACCGUG